CUAUUUUAUGUAUGGAAAAUUCACCUAAUUAUUUUUAUACAUGGAGUUAAAAAUGUUGAUCAUGCAUGAAACAUGUUCAUUUUUGUUUACUUCCACCUACACCUACGCUUGUUUGAUAUAGCUAACCCUUACAGCGACUUUCAAAAACGAUCGACAGCGAGGGAAAAUCGCACCGAUUUGGAGCGUUGGCGAGCUCGUGAAAACCGGUUUUUGCCUAACGGGUAACGCUUCUUCGAUGUAACGCACAUGCUGGAUUUGCGAGCUUUGGAUUGGCCGGAGGAGCUUUAUGGAAGAAAGCUUCAAUGUUGGGGGUUGUUGACCAUGCUAGAAAACAUAGCCAACCCUUCCAUGCACGAUUGGAGGACAUUGCAGUGAGUGAUAUUUUAUGUUUUAUAUAUACAGGAACACAUUCUUUGAUUUCAUACACCGUAAAAUGGAAAAGGGGUAAAAUGACUUAGUUCUCAUCUUGGUGUGUUCACACCUCUAUGCCUUUCCAUUAUGUGGUUCACCAAAAGUUAUUGCAUUAGUCCUGCCCUGUCCUGUUAAAAUAAAUAUUAAGAUUACAAAGAGUCUAAGUGUAAUAAAAUGUCUAAAUGUCUGAUGAGAAUUGGACCCGCCCCCGGUGUUAUAACAGCGUGGUACCUUUAUCUAUACACCCUGGACUGAGCCAUUGCCUAGUUACCAUACUUUCACUUUCAUCAGCCAAUUCCCCUGCUUCAUAGCAUUGAUUGCCCUUAGUACUACUCACCUCCUGCCAUUUAUUGGAGUCUACUGCCGUUCGAGAAAGCCAUUGCGUGUAGCAGGAAAAAAAACCCCCGUAGUAAUUUCAGACAUCAGCCCGGCCGAUUAGUUCCCAGACAAUAGCACGCACACACACACAAACACACCGCACAUCGCAAAAAUAAUAGCAUAAAUUAUGUUUCACGUACGCACCCCGUAGCCCGGGCCUCAUCAACCGUCUGUGCCAACGGAGUUUUGCACUAAUUUUCGAUUUUAUUGUACACGCACCGUUGGGUCGCUGGCGGAAAAACGCUCGCUCACUUACCCCUUUCCCCUACACCCCAGCACAAAAAGGGAGACUCCUAACAAGUAAAGUCAACAGCAAGUCGCAAGGUGGUGGUGAAACAUACCGACAAUACGUACCUUUCGUCGGGGUCCUCCCCUCCCGGUUUUACUGAUUAGCCCCAAACCGUCGGACGAUGGUGCAAUGUUGCAGCGAGCGACAGUUGCAUUUUUGCAGUGCAGUGGAAACGGUCGGUUCGUCCACAAAACCCAUCCCAAAUCGGCAUGCUUCCCGGGCUGUUUGUACUGGCGGCGUGCCUGUGCGCCGUAACGCUGUCCUGGUACUGGAAGCAGCGGCUCCGCUGGGCCGACGACAUUCCGCGCGCCCGUCCCACCCACCGGUGGCUGGGCAAUGUGGGCGAUUUUCUCGGCAAAAGCCCGGGCGAGGUGUUUCUCGUGCUGGAUCGCCACUUCCGGCAGCACGAUCGGCUGUUUACGCUGCGGUUCGGGUCGCAGCUCGCGAUCGGCCUCACCCAUCCGGAGCUGGUGCAGAAGGUGCUCACCCAUCCGGACUGCCAGGCCAAGCCGGACCUGUACAAGGUGGUCCGGCUGCCGAACGGAUUGCUGGCGGCCAAAUAUGAUGUGUGGAAGGUGCACCGGAAAACGCUCAACUCCACGUUCAACGCCCGCAUUCUGGAGAGCUUCGUGCCGAUCUUCAACGACUGUACGCAGCGGCUGGUGGGGCGGCUGGACCGGUACGCCCGCUCCGGCGACCGGUGCAACAUCCUCGAGUACAUCUCGGCCUGUACGCUCGAGAUGAUAAGCCGCACCUCGCUGGGCGGCAAGGUGCUGGAGCGUGAAGGUGCCGAACAGUUCAUCGCCAAUUUGGAGGUAGCACUCAAAACGAUUGGUGUACGAAUUUUCAACAUUUUCCUGCACAUUGACUUCAUCUAUCAGUUCACCGCGCUGUACCGGAAGGAGAUGCGAGCAAUCAACAUUUGCCAGCAGUUUACCAGCAAGAUUAUCCAGGCUAAGCGGGAAGAGAUCGGUCGUUUGUGUGAUGAAAAUAGCAACCAAAAGCUGGAACCCGAGCAGGAGCACCACUACCGAAAGCCGCAGAUUUUCAUCGACCAGCUAAUGAAGAUGCCACUGACCGAUCCGAGCGCACGGCACUUCUCCGACGAGGAAAUUUCGGACCACAUCUACACGAUGAUCGUAGCGGGUAAUGAGACAUCCGCAACGCAAUUAGCGCAUACCUGUCUGCUGCUGGCGAUGCAUCCCCACAUCCAGACGAAAGCGUACGAAGAGGUGGCCGGGCUGGUCUUCUCGCCCGAUCAGGAGAUAACGAUCGAGCUGAUGAAAGAUCUGCACUAUCUCGAGUGUGUGCUGAAGGAGGCGAUGCGCCUGAUGCCGGUCGCACCCAUCGUUGGGCGGCAGAGCAGGGCCGAAAUCGUGCUGGACGGCCACCGCAUCCCGCAGGGCAGCGUGUUUCUCUUUCACUUCUACGCGCUGCACCGGCGGAAGGACGUUUGGGGCCCGACGGCCGACGAGUUCGAGCCGGGCCGGUUUCUGGCGGACGGGGGGCGCCACCCGUACGCCCACCUGCCGUUCAGUGGUGGGCCGCGGGGCUGCAUCGGCUAUCGGUACGCGAUGAUGAGCCUGAAGACGCUGCUGGCCCAGCUGCUGCGGAACUACGAGCUGACGACGGAGCUGCGCUACGAGGACAUCCGGUACCAGUACCAGAUAUCGCUCAAUCUGGCCUUCCCGCACGCGGUGCAGCUGCGUCGGCGGGCGGUUUAGGUGCGAGUCGAG